AUGACAGCUCCUUUAAAACUUCAUUUAUGUCAAGAAGAUCCUCCACAAUUUCGUAAAGUAUUAGCAGGUUGUGAAAGUUCGGUUUUUGGACUCGAAAAUACUAUAAAAAAUCUUGUUAAAUUAGCAAGAUCAAGUGUUGAAUUAGCUUCAGAGUAUACGGCGAAACAACUUCAAUUUGCCGAAGAACUUGGGAAUUUUGCAAAACAACAACCCGAAUCAAUUAUUAAAACUGUCCUUUCGAAUUCAAUUAAUGAUGAAGUUUUCCAUUCAAAGAACUCUCAUAUGUAUGAUAUGUUCAUAGAGCCAUUAGAAGCUUUUGCUAAAAAUGAAAUAAUUCCUUUAAAGGAAGUAAAGAAAAAUGUUGAAAGGUCUUGUAAUGAAGCUGAUACUGCUCUUUCCAGAUAUAUGAGCAAAAGACCUAAGGACUCUAUGAUAGCUGAUGCAUCAAUUGAAGUGGCGUACACCCGAAGAGAAUUCCAUCAUCGGUAUAUAGAUUAUGUAGUGAAAAUAAAUGAAUUAGAAGCAAAAAAGAAAUUCGAAUUUAUGGAAUACAUAUUAGCAUUGAUGUUUACCGAAUCAUCGUUUUAUCAUCAAGGUUAUGAUAUUAUGAAAGAUUUGGAACCACAUAUGAAAGAUGAUUACUUCAAGAGGACAUCAUAUAACGAUGAUGUUGCACAAUCACAAGUAUUGAAGGAAAAGCUUUUGAAUGAAGCCAGAGAAUCAUAUAAUCCAACACGUACUCCCAAAGAUCCCACCGAUUAUAAAAUAAUAAAACCAGAUGAUACGUCAACAUCUGCUACCAAAUCGGGAUAUUUGUUCAUGAAAGGAAAUCAACGAGUGAUACAGUCAUGGACUCGUAAAUAUUUUACCAUUUCAGAUGAACAUUUAUAUUACUGUAGCAGAAAUGGAAAGGGAACAAAUGACGAUGAACAUACCUCGAUUUCUUUAAGAGUUUGUCAUAUUAAACCAAUGUUGAAUAAUUCAGAUAGGAGGUUUUGUUUUGAGAUAAUAUCUCCCAACAGAACUUAUGUAUUACAAGCCGAGAAUCAAGAAGAAUUGGACGAUUGGAUAAAUUGCUUACAAGCUGCGGCAACGAAUGCUAUUUAUGCUGAUCAAAAACCGAAUUCAGAAAGAAAUUUGCAGGAGGUAUCUCAGGAAGAUAUGGAUAAUGAGUUUAAUUUAAAUAAGCAAAUGACUAAUGAGGAGACACAACUUUCUAAACAAUCAAUUUCAAAGAUAAGAGAAUUACCAGGGAAUGAUAUUUGUGUUGAUUGCAAAACUAAAGACCCACAAUGGGCUAGUACAAAUUUUGGUACCUUACUAUGUAUAGAAUGUUCGGGAAUUCAUCGGAGUUUAGGUGUGCAUGUGAGUAAGGUUAAAUCAUUACAACUUGAUAAAUGGGAGCCUGAAUCAAUUGAAGUUAUGCUCAAGUUGGGGAAUAUCAAGGCCAAUCAAAUCUAUGAGGCAAAACUUGCUGUUGAUGAUGAAAGGCUGGUUAAUUGUUUUUCGUGGGAACGUGCUGACAGGGAGAAAUUCAUUAUUGAUAAAUAUGUUCAAAAGGAAUUUAUUAUUAGAAAUGAUGAUAAUGAAGAUUCGGUUACAAUUAAUUUGAUUUUCUGGAAAGCAAUGUCGAAUUGUGACCUCUUUGAAGCAAUAAAAAGUUUAUCUCUUGGAGCAGACGUGGAUUGGAAAAAUGAACAAGAAAAUUCUACAACGGCAUUACAUCAAGCAAUUUUAAGAAGUGAUGAUGUUGCAGUAGAAUUUUUACUUUUGUGGUCUUGUGAUAUAAAUGAAAUUGAUAAUAAUGGAAGGAGUGCAUUACACCAUGCAGCAGCUACUGAUAACGCAAGAUUAUUAUUGACGCUUUUGAAGAGACAGGCCAAUAUUCAUUUAAAAGAUCGAAAUGGAAAGAUUCCAGUUGAUAUUGCGGUAGAGAAACAAAACGUACAGGCAGUUACAGCAUUAAGAUUAUUUCAAUUUGAGAGACAACUUACAAGAUCAGAAUUUUCAAUUUUUGGAGUUGAUGAAGCUUUAAGUAGUGUAUCCAAACCAUAUAAUCGUAAUGUCGCAAAACCGUCAAGUUUAGAUUUAAGGCUUGGAAGAUUAAAUCAAACAUUAACAACGAGAAGUGCACCCGCAACUCCGCCUUCUUCAUCCAGACCUUUAUUAUAUAUGGAAGAUCAUGAUGAUCUUAUGAGUAGAUCAAGUGUUGAAUUAGUAUUACCUUCUACAACAGCAAAUGAAAAUGAUGGUGAUUUAGCCAAUUUGGCUGGUUCAGAGUUUCCUUCUUUAUCUAAUUUGAAAACAUCCAAAUAUGAACAAAUACAACAGAAUAAUGAUUAUAGACAAUUAGAACAAGAUAAUGAUAAAAAUUAUGAAAAAUGA